AUGCCCCCCUCCCUGCUGCACGCCUGCCCCGCCACACCCACGCUCCUCCUCGACAUCCCCAGCACGCUCUCCGCCCCGCCGGGCCUCGUCCCGCGCAGCACCCACAAGCCCCUCGCCACACCGCACGCCCUCACCGACCCCAAGCAGCCCACGCCCUUCACGCAAUCGCUCUCCGCCCUGCACGCCCGCCUCCUGCCCACGCUCACCGCCGCGCUCACCGACCUGCACACGUCCUACACCGGGCCCUACCACCACCCGCGCAGCACCGACUCACCACCUCCACCAGGGUCCGAACUCGACUUCCACGCCUGCACCCUUCUCCAGUCCCCGCUCCCCUUCUCCUCCUCCACCUCCACCGACGAAGCCAUCACCCUCACCGCGCCCACAACCCUCUCCGACAUCUCCGACAUCCACGGCACCCCCGUCACCAACGCCUCCGCCUCCUGGCUCACACUAACCCUCACCUACCCCUCCCCACCCAAACUCUUCCACCUCCCCCCACACUCCACCUUCCUCCUCUCGCGCUUCCAGUCCUCCACCGCCACAUUCAGCAGCUACGCCGCCGCAGUGGGCCGCUUCGAUUUCACGCUCCUCGACCCGCCAUGGCCGAACCGCUCCGCGGCGCGCAGCGCCGCAUACGCUACGCUGUCGCGCUUCAACAUUCAUGAGCUGCUGCAACUGCCAUUGGGGGCGGCGCUGGCGCCGGGGGCGUUGGUGGGCGUGUGGAUCACGAAUAAGCCAAGGUACCGCGCGUUUGUGGUGGAAAAGUUGUUUGUGAGGUGGGGGGUGGAGGAGGCGGGGGAGUGGGUGUGGGUGAAGGUUACGGCGGAGGGGGAGCCGGUGGUGGCGCUGGAGGCGGCGAUGAGGAAGCCGGGGAGGGCGGGGAAGAGGGUUAAGCUGGGGGUGGAGGAGGCGGGGGUGGGAGUGGGAAGGGUGCCGGGGAGGACGGUGGUGGCGGUGCCGGAUUUGCAUUCGAGGAAGCCGGGGGUUAAAGAGCUCGUGGAGCCGUAUCUACCGGAGAACUACAGGGCCUGUGAGAUCUUCGGACGAAACCUCACCGAGGGAUGGUUUACCUGGGGCGACGAGGCGAUCAAGUUCAACUGGGAUGGCCACUGGAAACCGGAGGCCGAGAAUAUCACUACUACUGCUGCUGCUACGGCUACUGCUGCUGAUGCUGCUGCUGUGAAUGGGAACGGGAACGGGAAUGGGAAUGGGGACGAGAUUAGGGACGAUGAGAUGACUGACGAGUGA